AUGGCUCCUCCUAGUGUCUUGAUGGUUGGUACAGGAGAGUACACGACAGGCUACGUAGGCGGAACAGCCUCAACCUCCGACAAAAAAGUCGGCGUAGUCGGCCUCACACUCUUCGACCUGCGCCGCCGAGGCAAAGUCUCCAACCUAAGCAUGGUGGGCGUCUCAGGCCGCAAAUUCCCCGGAAUCCGCGACCACCUCCAAAAGAACAUCUCCGAAGCCUACAACGGCUUAGACGUCUCCUUCACCUCCUUCCCAGCCGACGACCAAACCGACCCAGACGCCUACAAGGCAGCCAUUGACGCCCUGGAACCUGGCUCAGCCAUCACAAUCUUCACACCAGACCCCACCCACUUCCCCAUCGCGCUGUACGCCAUCCAGCGCAAGAUCCACGUUCUCAUCACCAAGCCCGCAACGCAGCUCCUCUCCGACCACCUCAGGCUCCUCGAGGAGGCGCGCAAGAACAACGUCUUCGUCUUCAUCGAGCACCAUAAGCGCUUCGACCCGGCGUACUCGGACGCGCGCGCCAAGGCCCGCUCUCUCGGCGACUUCAAUUACUUCUAUAGUUACAUGAGCCAGCCCAAGAGCCAAUUGAAAACGUUCAAGGCGUGGGCGGGCAAGGAGAGCGAUAUCUCGUACUAUUUGAACUCGCACCAUAUCGAUAUUAACGAGAGUAUGGUGCCGGAGUAUGCGCCGGUGAAGGUGACUGCUUCGGCGUCGAAGGGGACGGCCGUGGAGCUGGGGUGUGCGGACGAGACGGAGGAUACGAUUACGUUGCUUGUGGAGUGGAGGAAGAGGAGUGACCCUAGUCGGGUUGCGACGGGGGUUUACACGGCUAGUUGGACGGCGCCGCAGAAGGCGGGCGUGCAUUCGAAUCAGUAUUUCCAUUAUAUGGGAUCAAAGGGUGAGGUCCGUAUUAACCAGGCUAAGCGUGGCUACGAUGUCACUGGAGAUGAGGAGGGCUUGAUCUGGGUGAACCCAUUCUACAUGCGCUACGCACCAGAUGAAGAUGGCAACUUCAGUGGCCAAACUGGCUACGGCUACAUCAGCUUUGAGAAGUUCAUUGAUGCCGUAACGGCAGUCAAUGAAGGCCGGGUGACGCUGGACCAACUUGACGCCAGACCUCUCCCGACACUCAAGAACACGAUUGCAACGACAGCUAUUCUGCAUGCAGGACGCAUCUCGCUGGACGAGAGGAGACCUGUGGAGAUUAUCUCCGACGGUGAGAAGUGGGAGUUGAAGUGA